ACAAGCAUCAAUAAUAUGACAAUAUCUCAGACCAUCUGUGCAUGGAUGGUCCUUGUGGCAGUGGUGGGAAUACAAGCAUUUCCAACAUAUCACUCACAUCGACAGUCGAUAAAUUGGACACAACCCGAAGAUGAUUGGCAAAUUGUUUCGAUACCACGCAGCAUUGUGCCGCAUGUUGAAUUGAAAUACUUUGAAAACCGCACCAAUGCCGAAGCUUCGAUAAGCGAUGAGGAGUUUCUCGAGAGGCUGCAGAGAAUUAAGAACAACACAUCUAAGCCUCGCAUGCUGUGGUAUGACAACACACCCGAUGGUUUGGCUUAUCCACCAUUCGUGGACAAGGCCCUAAAGCUUUUCAACUUGAAACAAGUUUCCUACGAGAUCGAGCACAGUCUUUUGUCUAAAGUUUCGUGUACCGCGUGCAAAGCUGGAGCCGGUCUUUUGCUGCACUAUAUCCACACAGGCAAGUCCGAGGGCGAAAUCAUCAAAAUGAUCUAUCAAUUCUGUUCCAAUUUGAAUAUUCAAAGUCCUCGGGUAUGUGAGGGUGUGGCGAACCUGUUCGGCACGGAGGUGGUAUAUGUAUUGCAAAGAACACCUCUGGGACCAAAUGAAAUUUGUAGUUUUGUCAUCGGCGAUGGUUGUGAAGACACCUAUAACCCCUAUCACGAGUGGGAAGUUGUCUUUCCGCCGGUGCCAAAGCCUCCAGUGAUGGAAGUGCCAGUUCCUAAGGAGGGAGCGCCAUUCUUCAAGGUAUUACAGAUUUCGGAUACCCACUACGAUCCGCACUAUGUGGAAGGUUCAAAUGCCGACUGCAAUGAGCCGCUCUGCUGUCGUUUGAGCAGUGGCAGACCAGCAAAUCCCAAUGCCGCAGCCGGGAAAUGGGGCGACUAUCGGAAAUGCGAUACGCCCAAACGCACCGUCGAUAAUAUGUUGUCGCACAUAGCAGAGACCCACAGUGAUAUUGAUUAUAUACUAUGGACAGGGGAUCUGCCACCGCAUGAUGUUUGGAACCAAACAAAACAGGAGAAUUUGGAAAUCAUUAAGGAGACUGUACGUCAAAUGACAGAGAAAUUCCCUGGAGUGCCCAUCUUUCCAGCUCUGGGCAAUCAUGAAAGUGCUCCCGUCAACAGUUUCCCACCUCCGUAUGUAAAUCAGGUGGAAAAUUCAAUAGCCUGGCUUUAUGACGAACUUGAUGUUCAAUGGCGCCGUUGGUUGCCUCAAAGUGUUUCGCACACCGUGCGUCGUGGCGCCUUCUAUUCAGUGUUGGUCCGACCUGGCUUCCGCAUCAUUUCGCUAAAUAUGAAUUAUUGUAAUAACAAAAAUUGGUGGUUACUUUUAAAUUCGACCGAUCCAGCAACCGAACUUCAAUGGUUCAUCUACGAAUUGCAAAGUGCAGAAUUUUCGAAUGAAAAGGUCCAUGUAAUUGGACACAUACCGCCCGGUCACUCUGAUUGUUUGAAAGUGUGGUCCCGCAAUUUCUAUAAGAUUAUUGCCCGUUACGAGAAUACAAUUAUGGCACAAUUCUAUGGUCACACUCAUUUCGAUGAAUUCGAAAUGUUCUAUGACCCAGCAGAUUUGGGACAUCCAAACAAUAUUGCCUACAUUGGACCCUCUGUUUCUCCCUAUUACGAUUUAAAUCCCGGUUAUCGCAUCUACUAUGUGGAUGGAGAUCAUGACACAACCACACGUCUGGUAAUCGAUCACGAAUCGUGGAUUAUGAAUUUGAAGGAGGCUAACCAUUACGACUAUCCCAUUUGGUAUAAACUGUACACGGCCAGGGCAGCUUACAAUAUGAAGGCUCUGAGGCCCGUUGACUGGGACAAUCUUAUUACGGAACUGACCCGUAAUCAGGAAUUGUUCGAUUUAUACUAUAAAAACUACUGGAAGAAUUCGCCGGUAAGACCGACAUGCGAUGCUGAGUGUCGAAAACGUAUUCUCUGUGAUGCGAAGAGCGGACGAUCCCAUGACCGACGACACUUCUGCUCCGAAUUAGAAGCCAAGGUCGACGAUGAAUCUGGCAAAUCAUGGAAAUCUUGGAUAUAUCGUGGUCUCAGCAAUUCCUACAGUCUCUUGACUUCAAUAGUUUAUUUGCCAAAGUAUCUGAUGGGAUUUGGCUGAUAUCGAAUG